CCCACCAGAUGGAUGGCCACGUGUCAUUCAAUGAGAUGAAUAGAUUUGAGAUAAGAGAUUAAGGAGUGGAGAAUCUUUGUUGUAGUUUGAGGAAAUUAAAAAUGGAUAUUCGCUUCUUCUUUUGCUCAUCAAGAUUACACAAAUCUUCGUCUCCAUUUACGCCUCUCUGCAGCUCACCAAGAAACUCUCAACAAUCCCCUGACAAUAACGGUGAUAAAUUGUCGACAGAUUGGGACAAGGCAUGGUCGAGUUUCAAGAAGCAAGGAAAAAAAACUCUCUUCUCACAAUUUUCUCCGAACAAAUAUGUGACAUGGAACCCCAGGCAGUCCAAUUAUCCGAUAUCGGAAGAGAUUGAUCCGAUCAAGAGAACGGAGAGGUCAAAUCUUGAGUUGUGGACCGGUCCAAGGUUUACUCUAGUUGUUGCCAUUCUUAUAGUCUCCUUUCUUUUGCUCUACACCAUUCUUUCACCAAUUAGGUGACUCAAAUUAUCUGUGUGCUGGUCAACUAUGUUAUGUAAAAUUAUGAAAUUAGGAUUCUUCUUUGUUGUAGUAAGUAUUACUAUAAUUCCUGUUAAAACUUAUUUUGUACUCUUUCUUAAAGAAUUAAAAAUUAAGAGUAAAAUGGUUUUAGGAAGUCCCUGACUGGGGAUAUAA